AUGGAACUUCUUGAACAUCAGCGAUAUUCUCCAAAGGUGAACGUGUUUUGUGCCAUGUCCAAGAAAGCUGUCUACGGACCAUUCUUCCUUGAAGGAGCAACAGUCAAUGGUGUCACGUACCUCGACAUGCUAGAAAACUGGUUAAUGGAUAAGUUGAGUGAGGAAGAGCCUGACGACUUCAUUUUACAACAGGAUGGGGUGCUACCGCACUGGAACCUCAGGGUUAGACAAUAUCUGAACACAACACUGCCAGACAGAUGGAUUGGACGGUCUGGGCGAGAUGAUCGCGUUCUCAUGCUCUGGCCUCCCAAGUCUUCAGACUUCACACCCUGUGAUUUCUUUUUGUGGGAGGUUGUGAAAGGACUGGUCUAUGUGCCCCCUCUUCCAAAAGACGUGGAUGAACUGAAGGCCCGAAUAACGAAAGCUGUUGCAACCAUCGACAACGCAAUGUUCGAAUGCGUUUGGCAAAAAUUGGACUAUCGGCUUGAUGUGUGCCGUGUGACCAACGGUGCUCACAUUGAACAUCUUUGA